AUGAAUCACAAUACUCCGAGACAAGGAACUUCAAGGGUCCGACCCUCUCGCGAAGAAAUCCAGGAUCACGCCAACUACUUCCGUCAGGUGACACGAGAGGAGACCACUCGUGCUCAUCACGCUCGCUCAGAUGCCUUGGGCUCCUCGGCAGCACAGUCAGUGGCGCGCUCGACCCGCCUGGCCACAAUACCGAAGAUUCUAGUCCAACUCUUCAAAGGAAAGGGGAAGAACAAGGAGGAGAAGCAGGAGCAAUUCGGCAGAGCUCCACCGGGAAUCUUCCAUCCAUCAACCUCGACGAUGGACUCGCCUGCCCCCCCUCGUCAACAACCCCUUCCCGUCCUGCGAGAACAAUCUCCCGCUUUCUCCUUCACCUCCCGCGAGUCUAUAGCCGCCGCUGAAGAGAUGCGCGAAACAGAAAGCCGCGAUUCCUUACCACGCAGUGUUUCGCCGGUACGACGGCUGAGCCUGGACUCUAUUGACCUGCAGCUCCCGAUAAAACAUUUUGAGACGAUACUACCCUGGUAUCAAACCGCCUAUCCUACAGGAAUCGUGUUAAAGUUCAAUGAGCACUCGGCGCACUCUGCUAGGGCGGAGCAACUGCCUCUGGAGACGGUCCAAUGGGGUGUCUUGAAGCCGGGAGAGAAGAUGCUGAUCGAUGGGCGCGUGCACUCCUUAUACAGCUUGCACCGGGAUUAUAAUAAUCAGGGUGUCAUAAUUAACGGCAUCGACGUAGCAAAAUUAACCAGAAACCGUUUAAUUGUCACGACGAAACAUCGAUUCAAAGUGCCAGACGUGGAAUACGACUCCCUUGGCGUGGUGGACUUCGACAUCCUCGAGAGCAGCGGGACACUCACGCUGCACAUACGCCGGCCGGGGUCUUACGCGACGGAGAAGGCGUUCGUCGAGGUGACGGAUAGCGAGCGCAUGUCGCUCCUCAGCGAAUGUCUCGCCGAUGAGAAGAAGAAGCACCUUGCUUCGCGCCGAGGAGCGCCAGAGCUGCUGACAUUGUGGCGGAUCGCCAUCACUCUGAGCAGGACGGCAUACAGCCACUAUUACAGUAUUAUUGUGCUGGACGACGUAGUGAAGCAGCCAUCAUGGGAGAAUGCGAUGUGA